CCCCAAUUCCAUUUCGUUCUUUACUCAUAUACAUAUCCAAGUUUCUUUUCUAUUCUUCAACCAGAUGGAUUGGACUAGAGGCCAUGUCAUCGGCCACGGCUCCUCCGCCACUGUCUUCCUCGCCACUGCUUCUCCCAUCCGCGAUGUCUUUGCCGUCAAAUCCGCUGAGCUUUCGCGCUCGCAAUCUCUACAAAAAGAGCAACAGUUUCUUUCUUUUUUAGUCUCUCCUUAUAUAGUUUCUUAUAGAGGCUUUGAGGUUAGUAGAGAACAGAAUGGGGUUAUGAUGUUCAAUCUUUUCAUGGAGUAUUUCCCCAAUGGCUCGCUCGCCGAUGUAAUUCGUCGCUGUGGAGGGCGGCGGCUCGAUGAGGCGAGGAUCGGAAUCUACACGCGGCAGUUACUAAUGGGUUUACAGUACAUUCAUUCCAAAGGGUUAGUACAUUGCGACAUUAAAGCUCGUAACAUUUUGAUUGGUCGAGACGGUGUGGCUAAAUUGGCUGAUUUCGGGUGCGCCAAGUGGGCAACAAGCCAAACCGAUCCAAUUGGCGGCACGCCGCUGUUCAUGGCACCGGAAGUGGCUCGUGGUGAACACCAAGGUUUCGCUGCCGAUAUUUGGUCAAUUGGGUGUACAAUUAUCGAAAUGGCCACCGGCGGCGGCUCACCCUGGCCGAAAACAACCGACGACACCGACCCGAUUUCCACCCUGUACCGAAUUGGGUAUUCCGAGGAGUCACCGGAAAUUCCAUGUUUUUUAUCCGAGGAAGCAAAGGAUUUCCUAGAGAAGUGUUUAAAAGGGAAUCCAAGUGAGAGAUGGACAGCGAAUCAGCUAGUGAAUCACCCAUUUUUAAGGGAAUUGAAUUCCGCAACCCCAAGGAAAAUCCAGGAAGUUCAUUUAGAUUCACCAACGAGUAUUCUAGAACAGGGGAUUUGGAGAUCAAUUGAAGAAAGUGAAAUCAGAGAAAGCAAAUUGAUUAAACCCGCAGCUGCAGCAGAGGAGCAGAUCCGACGGCUGUGGAUGGUUUCAGGAGAGCCCAGAUGGAGAGACGAUGAGAAUUGGAUUACAAUCCGAAGAAAAGACACAGAAAAAAGCAGAGAAGUGGGUGAAGAAGUGAAAAAAUGUAGUAAUAAUUGUUGGAGUGAGAAACAGAGAGAUAGUGGUGGCAAAGAGUGGUUGGAAAUGGAAUUAAGAGAUAAGAAUGGGAACAUUAUUUGUAGAAUUAGUAACCAUAGUUGUAGGAAUAAUAUUAUUAUUAGUCUUGUAAAUAAUAAUAAUCCUUUAUCUUUUCAUACACAUACACCUAAAUUUCUUCCUUUAAUGCCAACUAUAUUAUGAGAUUCAAUUUAA